AUGGCUGCAAAAAUCUCAAAAAACCUCUUGGCAAAAAUUCGCACUUUUACUCAUAUAAGAGCUUACUCCUCCGCAGUCACAGAAGUUGGCAAAUUCAAUGAAAGGAAGAAUGUCCAAAAGGUUCCCAGCCCUCUCAAAGUGAAACAAAGGACCCAUCAUCUACACUCUAGGGCAUUCCAUGCAUCUUUGGUGAGCCAGGGGAAAAUUGUUCCUUUUAAACUUUCUGAUAUUGGUGAGGGGAUACGAGAAGUCCAUGUUAAAGAAUGGUUUGUGAAAGAAGGUGACACUGUUAGUCAGUUUGACAGUUUAUGUGAGGUCCAAAGUGACAAAGCUUCAGUUACCAUCACUAGUCGCUAUGAUGGAAAGGUUAAAAAGCUCUAUUAUGAAAUAGAUGAUUUAGCUCUAGUUGGGGACCCUUUAGUUGACAUAGAGACAGAUGAAGACUCUCCAUCAUCCAGUACAGACACACCUACCUAUGACCCCCCAGAAGAGGGUGAGAUGACCAUAUCCAGUACUGAUCACUCUAUGCAAAUGGUGAAAGGACACAAGGUGCUCGCUACACCAGCUGUCAGGAGAUUGGCCAUGGAAAAUAAAAUAAGACUAAGUGAGGUGUCUGGUACUGGGAAAGAUGGACGUGUCUUAAAGGAGGAUAUUCUCAGAUUUAUGCAAGGAGAAGAUACACCUAAAGAAACUCCAGCCGUACAACCUAGUGCUCCACCUCAACCUGCUGUUCCAUCCACCGCCCCUACCCCCUCUGCAGCUAAACCACCACCCCCACUGAAGAGGCCAGCACCAGUAGUCCUUGGUAAAGACAAAACUGAACCUCUAAAGGGAGUGCGUAAAGCUAUGGUGAAAACUAUGACUAUUGCUAAUGCCAUUCCUCACUUUGGCUACUGUGAUGAAAUUGACAUGACAGCACUUGUUAACCUUAGGGACAGUUUGAGAAAGAUGGCAGCUGAGCGAGGAAUCAAUUUCUCAUAUAUGCCUGUUAUUUUAAAGGCAGCUUCACUUGCACUAGGCCAGUACCCAACACUUAAUGCACAUGUAGAUGACAAGUGUGAGAACAUUACUUAUAAGGCAAGCCACAACAUAGGUCUAGCAAUGGACACUCCAGAUGGUUUGAUGGUCCCUAACAUUAAGAAUGUCCAGGCACUGAGUAUAUUUGAAGUGGCUUCAGAAUUAACAAGACUUGUGGACCUAGGAACUAAGGGAAAACUUGGCCCCAGUGAUUUAACUGGAGGCACCUUCAGUAUAUCUAAUAUAGGAUCAAUUGGAGGAACAUAUGCCUCCCCAGUCUUGCUACCUCCUGAGGUGGCCAUAGGUGCAAUAGGCAAAAUACAGACUCUGCCAAGAUUUGAUGCUGGGAAUGUUGCGAAGGCUCACAUAAUGCAAGUCAGCUGGUCAGCUGAUCACAGAGUCAUAGAUGGCGCUACCAUGUGUCGUUACUCAAAUCUAUGGAAAUCCUAUUUAGAAAACCCUGCAUCAAUGAUUCUUGAUUUAAAAUAAGUAGAGUGUAUUUAGGACUAUUUAUACUAGGUUAGGGGACUGACUGUUAAAUCUUGGGGACCCCACCUUUUCAGGAUAUGUUGGGCUUGAAUUCAAUAAAGUAGAAUAGGUAUGCUGUGUCUGGUAAUCCUUAUACACUGAAAAUGCUUGAUGGGAAAAUUAACAUUUUGGGUUUCAUAGGGAAUUUAAGUCCCAACGUUUUCUGAUUUCAACAAAUGGACAGACCCUCCCAAAAUUUAAUCACCAUCCUUUAGGAGCUAACAUGAAUGUUUUCCAACUCUUUAUAUAAAUCAUAUAGAUUCUCUCUCUGUUUAAGAAAUUGAAGAACAGUGUUUUUUAUUGCCUAAUCAUGAUACCUGUAGGCAGGGGGAAUUGAUGAAGAGCUUGGAAAAUCAAAUGUUUAAAAUGUUGGAAUGGAUAUUCAUAACCUUGUAAGAACAAAUCUGAUACAUUUUGUAUCAAGAGUUUAUGAUCAUGUAAUCUCAGGACCAAGCUAUAGCAUUAUGAGACAUUGUUGUAACCGAAUGAAUCGGAGUUAUUGUAUUGGCCAUUUCAUAAAUGCUAUGUUGUUGCCAUCUUAAAAUAUAUUUUAAAACACCUCCACUGUGAGGUUAAUUGGGAAACCUGUAAGAGAUUGUGAUACUCUUAAUAUUUGGCAACACUUAAAAAUGGAGAAAACCAAACUUCGAGAAUGCUUCACUCGGUAUUGCUUUAUCGAUUUUCCACCUGGUUGUGGGCAUAGAACACUUGCAGUAUUUAAAACUGUUAAUAUUAAUGUAAUGACCUUGCAAUAUGUAUUAUCUUAAUAGCUAGAUCUGACAUAAUGCUUACUCACCAACAUAUUGAAGAAUUGAGCAAUAAGCCAGGCUGAGUAGAAUGAUUUUGGGAUAUUGUAUCUAGUAUACCUGGUACUUGUUAAAGUUAAAGUCAUGUAGCCAGGGGGCCGUUUCUCGAAACUUAUCUUAUUAACAAAUCGUUAAUAGCAAAUCAUGGAUUCGU